GCUUAUGCGGUCACAUUUCCCAUUACCUUGCUGCUGCUUCUGCAUUAAGCAGAAUUUUAGUCGAAUUUAGAAUAAUAUAACAAUUCAUCCAACAAUCAAAAUGAGCGAGGAAUUUAAGCUGCCGAAACGCUCACGCAAACGUACACGCGAUGUCAAAAGGAAAGCCCGACCGGAGCUGGAUGGCGAGAACGCGUGGGUGGCCAUGAAGUACCAUGAGAAUUUCGACAAAUUCUGGGACUUUACGGAUAAUCUCGAACGAAUCAAUAGUGCACAGGUCUCCUGCGAGGAAUUUAUUGAACGCUUCGAGAGACCCUACAAGCCGGUUGUGAUUACCGGAUGCACUGAAGGUUGGUCGGCAUUGGAAAAGUGGACAUUGUCUCGUCUUCAGAAGAAAUAUCGGAAUCAGAAAUUCAAGUGUGGAGAGGACAACGAAGGCUACAGUGUCAAAAUGAAGAUGAAGUAUUAUGUGGAGUACAUGCAAUCGACGCGCGACGAUAGUCCGUUGUACAUAUUCGACAGCAGCUUUGGUGAGCAUCACCGACGUCGCAAGCUUUUAGAGGAUUACACGGUGCCGAAAUAUUUUCGGGACGACCUCUUUAAGUUUUGUGGGGAGAACAGAAGGCCACCGUAUCGGUGGUUUGUUAUGGGACCCGGACGCUCUGGCACGGGCAUACAUAUCGAUCCGCUGGGUACCAGCGCCUGGAAUACACUGAUACAUGGCCACAAACGUUGGUGCCUUUUUCCCACCCAGACGCCUAAGGAUCUUCUUAAGGUCACGAGCGCUAUGGGUGGCAAACAGCGUGAUGAGGCUAUAACAUGGUUCAGCACCAUUUAUCCUCGCACCAAACUACCCUCCUGGCCGGAGCAGUACAAACCCAUCGAGGUUCUACAGGGCGAAGGUGAAACGGUCUUUGUUCCUGGCGGCUGGUGGCAUGUGGUGCUCAAUCUGGACGAUACUGUGGCCAUAACGCAAAACUUUAGCUCGCAAACCAACUUCCCUUGUGUCUGGCACAAGACUGUGCGCGGUCGACCCAAAUUGUCCCGCAAGUGGCUGCGUGUGUUGCGUGAACAACGUCCAGAUCUGGCAGCAGUGGCCGAUAGUAUUAAUAUCAACGAGAGCACAGGUUUUGCCUCGGAUAGCUCCAGCAAUUCAAGUUCAUCCUCAUCGUCCAGCAGUUCCUCAUCGUCUUCAGAAAGCGAUUCCAAUACGGACAGUGGCCAAGAGAGUCUCACGGCCAAGAAAAAAAAGAAGCGACGAUUGGGCGGCAGUGGAGAAGGAUCUAUGGGUUCCACGCGCUCUUGAUGUCGGGAGAGGGUGAAGCAAAAUAGCUUACUCAUGCGACUCUUUUACCGGCAAUUGAUUCUUUGUCGCCGUUUACCACGUCGCAAUGACCGUCGCAGUUAACAGUAGUAGAUCGAUUUGCAAAUUUUGUAAUAUUUUUAUAUAGACAACCUAACGAAAAGAAAAUAUGUAAUUGUGUAAGUGACCGGCCAACGCAGGCUGGCACAAGGUAGCUCGUUAAUAUCAUUACGUUGCCCUUCAAAUUAGUUUCAAUAUCUGCUCUAAGGUGACUCAUUAGCUUAUAUUUAAAUGCCAGAGAAAUAAAUAUAUUUGUAAAAAAAAA